AUGGACACAAACCAAUACGAAAAACAAUGCGAACAACAGAAUUUGAUGAACACACUGAAAGAGAUUCAAAGAGAAAACACGAACAGAAGAAUAAAUUGUGGGCAGACGAAUCCGAGUUCGGGCCCAAAGAAACGUACUCCUUGCUGUACGUUGUCGCCCGUGACGCCGACUCCUAUGAUCAAUUCCAACGUUUGCGAAAGACAGAGAUUGCCGAACAGAAAUUUUUGCACCACCGUCAAAAACGAAUGUGACGUGUCUGAACUGACCGCGUACGGAAAAGAAUUCAUAGCGAACAAUGGAAAAUUGGCUUCUAGAUGUGUGUGUGUAAAAUUCAACGGUCUUCAAGACUCGUGUCGGCACCCUGGGUGUUACAACAAGGACGGAUGUAUGGACAAUCCGUUCCCAACGUGUCCACCAGCACAACAGUGGAGAAUGGAUUACAAUCCAAUAAAAAGGAAAAACAAUAGAUGCUAA